AUGGGCUUCAAAGUCAUCGUUAUAGGCGGCGGCCUGGCAGGCCUCGGAAUUGCCCACUGCUUUGCCAAAGCUGGAAUUGACUAUGUUGUCUUGGAACGGAAUGAGGAGAUCUGCAUUCCCGACGGAGCGUCCAUGGCGAUGUGGCCGCACAACGCCCGCAUUCUCGACCAGUUGGGCUUGUUGGAAGGGGCACAGGCUUUGGACUGUCAUAUCAAGCUGAAGACCAAUGUCAGAAAAGAUGGGUCGGUGAUUGGAAAAAGUAAUAUGAUGGAAACUAUUGGCAAAAGGCUCGGACACGACUGGAUGUGCUUCCACCGGCCCGAGUUUCUAAAGUUCCUGUACGACGAAUUGCCAGACCGCGAAGCACGAAUUUUGGGUGGCAAAGCUUUGGACAAGAUCGAGACAACAUCAGAGGGCGUUCGCGUGACCUGCAAGGAUGGAAGUGUUCACGAAGGCUCCGUCGUCGUGGGCGCGGACGGCGUCAACAGUUCAGUGAGGAGACAUCUUGCGAAUGAGCUAUCAGACCCGAAGCUUGCGAAGCCAUUUACAACAUCAUACCGAGGCCUGUUUGGCUGGUCAACGUGGACCAAAGGUAUCGAAGAGGGGCAUCUUUACGAGAUGCAUGGGGACAAGAUGAGCGUCCAGUUGAUCCCGGGCAAGGACAUGGUGAUGUUUCUUGUGUAUGAUCGCUUGCCAGCAGACACAAGAGAAAGUGUGCGAUAUUCAGAUGAAGAGAAGAAAAAGCUCGUGGAAGAGGUGGCUGAGUACUUUGUCACGGAUACUGUCCAGUUCAAGGACCUGUGGGGUCAAGCCCAGUGGUCGUUCUGCUCCGGGCUCGAGGAGGGCACGGCUGAGAAGUGGUACGGUGAUCGGCUCGUGUUGGUUGGCGACACGGUGCACAAGAUGACACCUAAUGUCGGGCUUGGCUUGAACAGUGGCUGGCAAUCCGCUGCCAUACUCACGAACGGACUUCGUCGUCUACUACAGAAGAACCCGGAACCCAGCACAGAGGCGCUGAACGCCGUCUUCAAGGAGUACCAGGAGAUAAGGAAGAAGGAUGCAUCGGAUAUGGUCGAAAUCUCGGGGCUCUACACAAGAGUUGUCGCGUGGAACAACCCAGUGUGGAAGUUUGUGGAUCAGUAUGUCACCAAGUAUAUCGGGGGUGACAACAAACUGCUCGAUCUGCUCAUGAUACCAAUGGUCAGGAAGGGCAAUGCCCUGGAUUUCUUGAACGAGAACCACUUCAGAACUGGGACUACGACAUGGCUGAAAGGGCAAACAGUUAUUCCGAAGGAGCUGGAACGAUAG